AUGACUAACAUAUCUGACUUAAAGUAUGCAUGCGAAGGAGGUCCAUUACAGGUGCGGAUCUUGCGAAAAUGGAAAUCAGACUACCGUCGGUAUGAAACAUGGUAUCUUGCUGUAGACAGAUAUGGAGAUGCAAUACAGAUUUUGGGACAAAGAAGCAACCAAGGAUACAUUGAAUCAGUUCUUCAUAUUCACAACUGCUAUACAAUAUCAGAAUAUACAUGUCCCUAUCUAGCAGAGUAUCAGAAAAUUCUAGAAAAUGAAAUCUAUAUUGAUGUUGGCCUUGCGUCUGUAAUUGUUCCCUUUCCUGACACUAUUACAAUCCCUACAACCUGGUUUCGAUUUGUUUCUAAAACUGAUCUGAUUGACCUAGGUGAAAACCCUCCAUAUUAUCCAGAUUUCAUUGGUGUGCUAAAAAAAAUCAGAAAUUGCACAAAGGCUGAUAGAGAGGAAUUCAUUCUUGUAAUUCUUGCAGAUGAAAGUGGUGAUGAAACAGCAAUCAGUUUAUGGAAAGAAUGUAUUAAUGUUCCUGAAAAAUUAAAACGUGAACAGUUGGCACCUCCUCCUGCAACAACAAUUGUUGCAAUUACAAAUAUAAAGAGUUCAAUAAUUGUUGGAACUCUACGAUUUGGAUCAUCACCUGCCACACACGUCUAUGUUAAUCCACCAAUACAGGAGACAACACUUUUAAUCGACAGGUUUACUGGUCCUACACCACCAACUCCGACACUCUCCGGACCACUGAUAACAGUGCAUGAAUUGAUUAAUAAAAAUCAUAACGACCUACUGGAUCCAAUUUUCAGGAAAGGUAACUACUGGUUUUGUAGUGCUCAUGGAAAAACAGAGUUGCCUACUUUCCUGUACAAAAUAGUUAUAGAUCUAACAGAUCCAACAGGCUCCAUAUCUGCCCUAAUGACUGAUGCCUCAGCCCGAAAACUAAUUGGCAGUCCACCGGAAAAAAUAAUAACCGAUGACCAUGUAAGUGAUAGAAAGUUCUUGCCACCAAUGAUCAUGAAUCACAAAGACACAUCAAAAAUUAUGUCAAUUCAAAUGUUAAGAGGAUCUACCACCAAAAACAUCCGUUUUAUAAUUGUUGAUGUGCAUGAAAUCACCGCACCAAAUAAGACACUUACACCAGUUACACCAACAUAA